CACACCUGUUGGUGUCCUGAUGGAGCAGCAUGCUAGCCAUCCCAAUGGAAAAGCCAAAGAGGAAAGUAAUGUCGUGCCUCUUUGUCGAGCCAAACCCUCCCCUAGCUUUAUUAAUCUUCAAGCAAGUUCUCCACCGGCCACUUUCUUGAACAUCCAGAACACAAAGCUGCCCUCAGGAGUUGACCACAAGCCCAAGGAAUUCCUGGGACUCCUAGAAUGUAUGUAUGCCAAUCUCCAGCUCCAGACCCAGUUCGCCCAACAACAGAUGGCUAUUUUGGAAAAUUUACAAGCAUCCAUGACACAGCUGGCUCCUGGGAAGGGAAGCAAGAACGCUUCUCUCCCAGCCUUAUCCCGCAAUCUGUUGUUAAAUCACUUGCCCCAGCUCAGUAAAUGAAUUGUGGAACACACACACAAAAAAA